CUGAGGCUGUCAACAUCCUGGGCGCGUCCAUCAGGACUCGUCCAGGGAGGCUCAUCCUCCGCUUUACCGUCACAGCUCUUGGAAUCUCAUUGACAACGCCGCCAAUGGCGCCCCCAGCGCCAUGCCAGCUGGUCUCUGGCCAGUACCUCAACAAUAUGACUAUAAUACGCCCGUCUGUUCCAGUUUUCCUAUCCUUUAUUUUUCGUCACCUUGUGCUCACAUCGAAUCACCGAAAGAUCGACCUUGUCCUUGCCCAUCUACUAAACCGAAUACCGACCGUCACGCCCUGGGAUUUCCUUGACUCUUCCUGUACCCUUUUCUCCCUACGGCCAGCUUACGAAUUUAGUCAUGCGCCGUCGGAGAGAAACCAGUGCCAGCUCCCGCACUGCCAUUACUGAAUCAUCCACCACGUCUCCUGGAAUUACCGAUGACGAUAGAUCCGUCGAACCUAACUCGGAGACGGACCUGACGGAACCGGAAUACCUGCCUCCCCCUUCUCAGAAGGUCCAGAAAAAGAAAACACGGCGAGGCCCUACUUUAGGACGCGAGCGCGCGGACUUCGCAGAGUUCAAAGUUUCGGAAACUGAGAAUAUCAUAGAUGUGUCGGCCGUGGAGGUGGUUCAUCAGGGCCGUUACGAAGAUCCAGCUGAUGAUACAGAUGAGGAUCUGUCUAAGGUGCCGGAAGAUUAUGGCAAAUCGAAUAAUACCCGGAAACUGAACCUUCGACUAGAGGAGCGCUGGGCUCGGUACUGUCGGACUAAAGCAAUCGAGCCGUCAGCCGAUCCGAAGUGGGAAGAUCCAGAGGAGGCCUUACGUCAAGCCUCCCCAAACGACAUCCACCGGUUUCUGAAUUGGUGUCUCAAGCUGAAGUACGGCUUGGACGGUCGCCGCCUAAAGGGCUACAGAAAAGCUAGUGCCCUUGAAGCGGACUGGAAGUAUUUCCGAGUCUAUUACACCAAAGUGACGAAGCAGGAGAUGAGCAAAGAAAUGGGUGAGGCGGUGCGCACUGGAAUGAGACACUUGAUCGAUAAACGCGGGUUGGACAAACAGCCACGGGCAAAUGUUCCCGUCUAUGUCGAAGACAUGGUGCCGUUCAAUGAGACAAUUCUCCAAACCCAGGAAAGGCGAUUCCAUCUUGGGUUUCAGCGAAUUCUUCUAUGUCUCUACAACACCAUCAGGCUUUUCACUGUCAACCGGAAACAGGCGAUGCUACACCUCCAGUUCAAGCAUUUGCAGAUAAGUCUGCAGCGGGAUCCGCAUGGAGGACCGCCGGUGCCGAUGAUAGAGAUUGAACCCCAGUUUGUGAAAAGUGUUCUCGGAAUGUCAAAGGUCAAUACCUUCACUUUACCCGAAAUUAUCUAUGGUGUAUCGCUUGUUUUCAGCCCACACGUAUUGCUCUUCAGCAUACUGUUCUACGUAAAUGCGUUUGAGGCGCCCCACUUGACUUCGAUGGAGGACCUUCGGAGGCUGUUCAUUGAGGAUGGGCGACAGGAGAUGCCACUUCCCCUGAAAAAGGAGAUGGACAGUUACUAUGUCUUUCCGAAGGUUGACGUCAUCGAGGGCGAGCCCCGUAUCUUGUGGGAGACACGCAUGAACGGCUCUACACUGGAUGGGCAGCUUCGGUCAUUCAGUGAAAUACAUGGUUUCCUGAAUCACUUUUUCUCCCACCAGUUCCGUUACGGGGGAGGAGAAUUGCUUGACCAGAGUGGAUUUGUGAGCGAGGCGCAGCGUAACGUGAUCAUGGCUCACGCGAGCAGCAGAACCUUCAUCAAGCACUAUCGACCACGACGGCAUACUGGUUUGCAGGAGGUCAUGUGCGGAGUCGAUCCGGAUGAGGAACUUUCGCGAGCUGUGACUCGGAUGAGCCGUUGGAUUGACAAGAGGCGACCCCGAAUUCUAAGCGACGCCGAGAAAGCGUCAGUGGAGAAGGAUCCCGAGUUGCAAUCUGCCAUACAAUGGCACGCUGAGCUGGAGGACCGUUAUGCUCGAUCCAACGAUCCAACAUUGCGGGCCUUGUUGGAACAACAGGAGCGUGGUGUUGAGAACACGCGUCGCCGUCUUCGGGAGAAACGGCGUAAAGAGAUCCGCCGGGAUUUCAGUCGGAAACAAGCGGUUAUUGACAUUGAGAGGCAAUUGACAGGCGGUGCCGUGAAUGACGAGCCUGCCCGGGAGGUGUUACGGAAGGAGUUUGCUAUGCCACCGGAGCAGAUCCUCCUUGUGGAGACAUUUUUCACUUGGCCUACUUCAGACGCGUUGGAAGACGAGUGGUUGAGGCGCAAUAAAGCAGUGGCGGCGGGUACACAGUACUGCAGUUUCCGUGAGGGGGGACCUCUCCGCGGACGGCCAAAACAUCCUGCAUCAGACGAUGCGACUCAAGUCGCAGACCCACUAGCUAAAAAGCAGAAGAUGCAGGAGCGUCCGACUGUGUCGGCAUGGGAGAAGAAGCUUGGUUCCGUCAAGGAAAAGGUGACAGCGGACAAGCCAUCUGCGUGUUUUCAAUGCUUGAAAGAAUACUCUGAUGUUUACGGAGUGAAGAGACACUUUAAGACAUUGCAUCUGAAGGAUCGCAAAUGCAACUUCUGUGAUCUGUCGCUACAGCAUGAGAUGCACUUGCGGAGCCAUGCGCAGGAAGUCCACCGGCUUCGUACGUGA